AUGGAUUUCAAUGUCAAAAAACUGGCUUCUGAUGCCGGGGUUUUCUUCACACGGGCUGUACAGUUUACAGAGGAAAAGCUGGGUCAGGCAGAAAAGACUGAACUGGAUGCUCACCUGGAGAACCUGAUUGCCCGAGCGGACUGCACAAAGAACUGGACUGAGAAGAUCUUGAGACAGACUGAGAUUCUGCUGCAACCCAAUCCAAGUGCUCGUAUUGAAGAGUUCUUCUAUGAGAAGUUGGACCGAAAGAUCCCAUCCAGAACCACAAAUGGGGAACUGUUGGGUCAGUAUAUGUUGGAGGCUGCUAAGGACUUUGGACCAGGGACUCCAUACGGGAGCACUCUCAUCACUGUCGGUGAAUAUCAGAAAAAACUGGGUGGAGCAGAGCGGGAGUUCUUGCAGUCAUCUGCAGUCAGCUUUCUCACGCCACUACGGAACUUUCUAGAAGGCGACUGGAGAACCAUCUCAAAAGAACGGCGGCUUUUGGAGAAUCGUCGUCUUGACCUUGACGUGUGUAAAACGCGCCUGAAGAAAGCCAAGCUUGCUGAAGCAAAGGCUGCUUGUGAGGGAGAUGCUGCACCUGAUUUUCAGGAAACUAGACCUCGAAAUUAUGUUCUUUCUGCCAGCGCCUCUGCGCUUUGGAGUGAAGAAGUUGACAAAGCGGAGCAUGAGUUGCGUGUGGCUCAGACAGAGUUUGACAGACAGGCAGAGGUGACUCGUCUUCUGUUGGAAGGGAUCAGUAGUACACAUGUGAACCACCUGCGGUGCUUGCGUGAGUUUGUGGAAGCUCAGACUGUCUAUUAUGCCCAGUGCCAGCAGUUCAUGCAGGAGCUGCAAAAAGAACUGAGCAGUGCAAAUGGAGACUCAUUCCCUAACGCCUUUGCAGUGAACCCAUCCACAUCUGGUCUGUCAGUAGGUUCCUCUCCCAUCUCCUCUUCCUCGGGUGCCCCCCUGGGCACCUCCUCACCGCAUCGUCCCACAAUCUCCUCCAACGCCCUGGAGCCUGGUACCUUGAAGAUUGAGGAGGUGCAGCCCCCUGCGACGGGUACACGUAAAGCUAAGGUCCUCUACGAUUACGACGCUGCAGACACCAGCGAGCUUUCCCUUCUGGCUGAUGAGCUUAUCACUGUAUACACAGUACCAGGAAUGGACCCAGACUGGCUGAUCGGAGAGAGAGGCAACCAGAAAGGCAAGGUGCCAGUCACAUACCUUGAGCUGCUGAGCUAG